AUGUAUCCAUUGUUAAUGUGCAAUAAAAAUCCAUCUGCCCGUUGGGACCAAUUAAAUUGUGGUGAUUUACAGUAUGAGCUUCAGGGAGAAAAUACAUUUUUUGACAUUGGAAGCACCUGUGAGAGGCACACAUGUCAUAAUGAGCACUUUGACAGGCCAGAAAAUAUUGUGAGACAACAGACUCCAAGCUACAGGUACAAAGUUUAUACCCAUACCCUAUCAGCCGAAAAGCUGAAAUCCAAUCGUGUUGUCACCAAUAUUCGGCAUAAAGGCACUCUCCAAACUGGAUUACCAAAUUCUGUUGAACUAGCGAGGUGGUUUAUCAAAAGUCUCUCUGUCUACUACUGGGAACAUGACUAUGACAACCAAUUGCCACUUGUCAUCAAAAUCGUGAAUGUGGGAAACAAUCGUCUCUACUUUGUCAACUCUGGCAUAUGCAGCAACCACUGGGAAAACGUUAUGUGCGAGAAUGUUCUGGACCUGCUUUCCUACACCAAGAACAUGUUUAACGAGGUUGUCGUCAUAGACCUGGACAGGUCAGAAGGGAACUACUUUGGAACGAACCUGGAAGAUGCAUGCGACCUAAAUACAGCUUGUAACAACGUGAUGAACGUGGUCAUCGACGAACACUUCGAGUCAAAUGAGCUCAUCAAGUUCGUGCACAAGAGGAAGUUUGGAAGUAACUUUAGGAUCCUCUACACCGUCUUCAAGGAGAAUAUCAUUCCAGUUGAGAAUGUCGGACUGGAUGAGACGUUCAAGGAGCUCUUUGUGUUCUACUGGGACUAUACUGAUGACUACAGACACAAGGAAAUGGAAACUGUGCACUAUGAUAAGCCUCUACUCCUGGAACUCGUUUCUUCAAAUGGUACUAAAAAGUACUACAGGAGGAAGGGUAACGUAUGGACGAAUGUUGCGGAUCAAAAUGUGUUUUACAACCCAGAGAAGAACAACAACUUCAUCUACUUGGGGAUGAUAACCACAUACAUAUAA